AUGUCGUCCAGCAAGCUCGACAAUUCCAUUGAGCUCGAAGAGCUGCUGGGAGCCGAGCAUGAACAAGGUUCUAACAUUUCUGAACAAAACAAUAGGUGGGUCGAAUAUAAUGGAGAGAUCGUCAAGCUAUACUCCUUGAACUAUCAAAAGGAGCCAAUCGUGAGAUGGCAGAUGGCUGCAAGUCUAACGCUGUUCCUAGUCUUGGGAUUGAACGACGAAUGUAACGGCGCGUUAUUGCCAACUUUAAGUCAACACUACAACGUCUCAAAAGUGAAACUUGCCAAUUUGUUUAUUGUGCAGUUUGUGGGCUACGGAACGGCAUCUUUGUUGACGCAGAAAAUCCACACUUUGGUCGGUGCAAGAGGUGCCAUGGUGACUGCAGCUGGCUUGUGUGUCUUGUGCUACACGAUCUUGCUACUGCGACCACCUUGGUUUGCGGUUUACGUGGCUUGCUUCAUGCCUCUCGGAUUAGCCAUUGGGAUAUUAGACUCGGUGUGCAACGUACUUUUUGGGAACCUUGAAGUGCAUAAGAACGAAUGGAUGGGCGUGCUGCACGGCUUGUACGGUGCCGCUGCAAUGGUCACGGCUCCCGUGGUAUCAUACUUUGUCAAGUUCGGCCAUUGGAACCACUUUUUCCUGCUGCCGUUGGUGUGCGCUUUUGUGGGACUAGCAAUGGUGUCAUAUGCAUUCAAGGACGAAACAGCUAACAAAUACAACUAUCUGUGCGAAGCGAGCCGUGUCGAAGGCGAUGACACUCAUCCUACUUUCUGGUCUUUGCUCCGUCGGCCAGCAAUCUUCAUGUAUGCCAUCUACAUGUUUAUAUAUCUUGGCUCAGAGGUUUCUACUGGAGCCUGGAUUUUCACGUACCUUCUGGAUGUGAAAAAGGGUGAAGUCAUACCGAUGUCAUACGUGACAGCGGCAUUUUGGAUGGGACUGACAGUCGGCAGGCUUGUUUUAGGAUUCGUUACCAAAAGGUGCUUUAAAAAUGAGUACAGGGCUUCAUUAUUUUAUGCCAACAUAUGCUUGGCCUUCUACACAGCGUUCUUGUUCGUCACUUAUCUGUCAGGUUCUUCCGCUAUUUAUUUCGUUGCCGUGGCGGUUACAAUCUUUUUCGGCGGUGUUUUUAUCGGCCCUCUUUUCCCUAACGCCAGUGUCGUAGCUCUCCAAGUACUACCCAAAAACAUGCAUGUCAGCGGAGUGGGAAUUGCAGUUGCUUUAGGAGGGUGUGGUUCAGCAAUCCUGCCUUACUCGGUUGGUCUUAUCUCUAAUCGGAUAGGAUUUGCCUGGUUCCCAUUCUUAUGCUGGAUCAUGGUCGCGAUCGUAAAUAUAGUGUGGUUCAUGUACCCAAGAGUCAUCAAAGGGCAUAGCGAAUAUCUGUGA